AAGCCCCGGCUCAAAAUGCUGAACUGCUCGGGGCAGGUCGCCGCCGCCGCCCCCGCCGCGGUGGUUGGAGCCAGUUCUCGGGCCUGAGCCCCGAGGCCGGGCUCCCGGGUGUCGUUCAUGUUCGGGGCGGCCGGGCGCCCCCCGAUCGGAGCUUCAGCCGCCCGGAACCACUGGCAUUUCAGCCGGACCAUGGAGGAGCUGGUGCACGACCUGGUCUCCGCGUUGGAGGAGAGCUCGGAGCAGGCCCGGGGCGGCUUCGCCGAGACGGGGGACCACGCUCGGAGCCUGUCCUGCCCCCUGAAGCGCCAGGCCAGGAAGAGGAGAGGGAGGAAGCGGCGGUCCCACAACGUUCACCACCCCUGGGAGGCCGGGCACUGCGUCAGCGAGGGCUCCGAUUCCAGUGUGGACGAGCCGGGCAAGGACUACAGAGAGAACCCCGCCGGCCACAAAAAGGACCACAGCGACUCCGACGACCAGAUGUUGGUGGCCAAGCGCAGGCCGUCCUCGAACCUGAACAGUAACGUGCGAGGGAAAAGGCCCCUGUGGCACGAGGGGGACCCGGCGGCCGACCCCCUGGGGAGCAGGAGCCUGCGCCGCAGGAGGAAGGUGAAGCGCAUGGCCCUGGACCUGCCCCAGGACGUCUGCGGCAAGCGGACCAUGACCCAGCCCCCCGACGGCGGCAGGGACCAGGACAUGGACAACGACCGAGCUUACCAGUACCAGGAGUUCACUAAGAGCAAAGUCAAAAAGAGGAAGCUGAGGAUCAUUCGGCCGGGACCCAAACUCCAGGACGAAGGGGUCGUUUUGGACAGUGAGGAGCUGAGCCAGGCCAAGGACAGAAUGGACUUCGAGGAGCAGAAGGUCUCCGACGAGCUCAUGAGCGAAAGCGAUUCCAGCAGCCUCAGCAGCACGGAUGCUGGUCUGUUCACCAACGACGAGGGAAGGCAAGGCGACGACGAGCAGAGCGACUGGUUCUGCGAGAAGGAGGCGGGCGGCGCCUGCGGCAUCACGGGCGGCGUGCCCUGGUGGGAGCGGGAGGAGCCGGCCGCGCUGGGCAGGGACCUGCCGAACCCCAUCUUCCCGACCAUCCUCACUGGGUUCUUCCCCAUCAUGGCGCAGCCCGGGAGAAGAGGUUUCCAAGCCAGACUCAGUCGCUUCCAUGAAAUGACUUCCAAGACUAUUAAAAAAUCUGGAGGGACCCCCACUUCAAUGGCUCCAAACUGGACCAGUGAGAUUCCCCUAUAAACCAAAUCUUCUAAUGCUAAUAAAUUAGUUACGUUUUGAACACCUGGGGAAUGGCACUCGAGGGACCCCGGCUCCUGUCCGCUUCCCUGGAGGGGUGUCAUUGGCGCGAGAGCCUCCUUGAUGGAAAGAUGGGCUGUUGUGGCUGGUGGACGUAUUCUUCCGUUAGGCAGAAGUUACCUGGUGGGGAGGCUUCCUAGGGACCUAGGUGGGCCCGGGGUGGGUAGAAACUACUGUACCUUUUAUAUAUUUUUCUCUCUUAUGAUUUUUUUUUAUGUUGAAACCAUUUAUGUAUCACUUGCUUUGCCAAAUUGCUAACAAAAGCUAGAAAAUUAAAAGAGUCCACAUGUGGCAUAAGUAUUGCUUGAUGUUUGUGUUGUGACUGGUUAACAGCUCGUUUUUACAUCACCUGACUGUUGUAAAUAAAAAAUGCGUUCACACUUAUGGUUCAUUUUUAGAGAAAUCCUAUAUAACCAGCAUUAUUUAAAGUAUUUGCAUUUUACUCAGGGUAUUUUAACAAGGGCUAAGAUGAGUAGUCGGUGAGGUGGAUCAUUUCUGCCAGAGUCUGUAUUCUGUUUAAGUUUGCUUUCUCUGUGGACAACCUGCUCUGUACGGAAAACUCAUUGUAUUUUACACUGUAGUAUUCACUGUACUGCCAACGCCACCCUGGUGUUAAACUAGCCGCGUGGUAACUAGUCUGUGCUAGUAGAGUCACUAUUACCUUUUAAUCAUGUGCUUUGUCUGAUACCUGAAACCAAUCAGAAUGAUCAUUUUGGCUUAGAGCUUAUUGAAAUCAUGUCAAAGCUGGUAUUUCAACAAAUACUGUACGACUCUGAAUCUUAUUGUCAUGUUUAAAAAUGAGAGCUGCACACACAUCCCUAAAAUGACAGACCACAUGUGUCCCUGUGUCAGACACUGCACGAGCUCACUUUCACCAAGCAGCGGGGAAAUGUAACAUCUCUGUCGAUGGCAGAAUGUAGACACUAUCCUGCAUUCAGGCCAUUUGCGUUUUUUAGAAUGGUUAUAUUAAAAUGAUGACUAUUUUUACUACUUUCCAAUAAUUGAUGAAA